AUGGAUUUGUAUGAUAGUGGAGUAAUGGAGGCAAGAGUGCAGUUUGUGAAAUCUCGUAUUCAGCCAGUUAUCGAAGACACUAACAAGGAAAUCAAGCAUCUUGAACUAUCAAUUGCAAUCCUGAAUGUCAAGAUGAAACUCAAAUCCCGUAUUCAACCCGUUAUUGAAGACGUUGACAACGAAAUCAAGCAUCUGGAACUAUUAAUUGCAAUCAUGAAUGGCAAGAUGAAAGUCCUUACCGCACAUCGAAAAGUUUUUCAGAAUUUGGAACAUAUUGUCAUGACUCGUGGAAAUUUCACACCUCAAGACGUGCUAACUGAGAAAAUUAAGAUUGAUGAUAAUGAUGAUGAUAUCGAUGAUAAUGGUGAUGGUGAGGAUGGUGACGAUGAUGAAGAUAAGAAACGGAGCAGACAUCUUCAUCGCAUGGUUUCUGUUUUGAAUAAAACACGCAAGUUGCUGCGUCUAACCACUAGUACACCAAAGGCAAAAACCCCCAAAUUUUACAGUAUUGGUGUUGUUAGGGGGGAGGCAGCCCCCGAGGUCAGAGUUGAGACCCCAGCUAGGGGUAGAGGUCGGGCUAGAGGCCGAGAACGUGGUCGAGGCCGUGCCAGAGGAGCGGCACCUGCCCGAGGCCGAGGUAGAGAGCCUUCACCUGAGCCACAAAUUGGAGUAGCUGCAGAGCAGGCUCCUGCGGGCCAUGCACCCCCAGUUCAUGAUGACAGACUCAACAGGAUAUUUGGGUUAUUGGAGCGUCUUGCUCAGGGUGCAACAGGUAUACCAGCGGGGUUACAAGCUGGGGUAGGGGCACAGGCCCCUGGUUAUCAGCAUCAGAUUCCAGUGGUUACAGAGCCGGUGGUUCAGCCACCACAGGUUCCAGCACCGGUUGUAGGUGUAUCGGCGGCCCUUGAGGUGGCCUUGGCAGAUGAUGACCAGGUCUGCUAUGAGCGGUUUCAGAAAAUGAAACCACCUCAGUUUCAUGGUGCUAAGACUGAUGAUGCUCACGAGUUUUUGACCUUGAGUCGAGAGAUGUCGGCGGCGGUACGCAUGUUAGAUGAGAGGGGAGUCCGAUUUGUGUCCUUUCAGUUACGCGGUGUCGCUAGGGAGUGGCUAAGGACCUUCAUGAGUUCGAGACCAGCGGGAUCUCCUCCUAUGGAGUGGAGUGAGUUUUCUAGUGCCUUCGAGGGUCGUUUCAUCCCUUGGAGUGUACAGGAGGAGAGCCGUAUGAGGUUUGAGAGUUUGGUGCAGGGUAGCAUGUCAGUCGCAGAUUACGAGGCUCGAUUCUGUCAGUUGUCGAGACAUGCCUCUGCUUUGAUUUCAGGUGAGCCUGAGCGAAUUCGCAGAUUUGUCAGGGGUUUGAUUCCCACUAUCCGUAGUUAUGUGUUUAGAUCAUCUCGAGAGGGUGCUUCCUUCCAGACUAUAGUGAGUGCAGCCAGAGAGGCUGAGUUGCUUGAGCGGGAUGAUUUUGGUGGGCCCAAGAGGGUCCGUACAGGUGGUCAGUAUUCGGGUACCUCGUCAGAAGGUAGGGGCCCACACAGGGGAGGCGGGUCCUUCCUGCGUCAGAGGCCAGUACAUGCUUCAUUACCAGCUAUCGAGGGUGGGCCAGUAGCUCGGGGUCCUCCAGGUUCGGGUCGAGGUGGUUAUAGCAUUACUUCGGGUUCUUCACAGUCAGGAUCCACACCGAGGUCUUGUUAUGGUUGCGGUGAUCCAGGCCACUUGAUUCGUCAGUGUCCACAUCAGACUCAGUCUAGACCACACCGUACUGUCUCUGCGGUCCCAGAGAGAGAUUCAGCACCUCCGGCUAGAGGUCGGGGUCGGGGACCGGCAUCUGGUAGAGGCAGACGAGUUUCGGGUAGAGGUGCUAGUGGCGCCUCAGGUUCACAGAGUGGGGGCAGAGGUGCCCAGUGUUAUGCUUUUCCUGGGAGGCCCGAGGCUGAGGCUUCUGAUGCAGUUAUCACAGGUAUCGUCUCAGUUUGUCAUCGGCUUGCUUCCGUGUUAUUUGAUCCUGGUUCUACAUUCUCAUAUGUGUCUACAUAUUUUGCUUCCGGCCUUGAGUUGACUUGUGAUCGUAUGUCUGUGCCUAUUAGAGUCUCUACACCCGUAGGUGAACCCUUAGUGGUGAAUCGAGUAUAUCGAUCUUGUCUUGUUGUCUUAUCAGGGUAUGAGACUUGGGUGGAUAUGAUUCUUCUUGAUAUGUUAGACUUUGAUGUCAUAUUGGGUAUGGACUGGCUUUCCCCCUAUCAUGCGCUUCUUGAUUGUUAUGCUAAGACUAUCACCUUAGUUAUUCCGGGUAUUCCUAGAGUGGAGUGGAGAGGGACUAGUGGUUCGUAUCCCAACAGGGUCAUAUCUCAUAUUCGGGCUCAGAGGAUGAUUGACCGGGGUUGUUUAUCUUAUUUGGCCUUUAUUCGGGAUGUUGGAGCUGAGUCACCCGCCAUGGAGUCUAUUCCGGUGGUUCAGGAGUUCCCUGAUGUGUUUCCCGAGGAUCUACCUGGUGUUCCUCCUGUUCGUGAUAUUGACUUCUCUAUUGACUUGGAGCCGGGCACCAAGCCCAUAUCUAUUCCACCUUAUCGUAUGGCUCCAGCUGAGUUGAAGGAGUUGAAGGAUAAGAUUCAGGACUUAUUGACCUUGUUCUCUAAGAUCGACUUGAGAUCUGGGUAUCAUCAGUUGAGGAUUAAGCCUUCAGAUGUGGCGAAGACAGCUUUUCACACACGAUAUGGUCAUUAUGAGUUUUUGGUGAUGUCAUUUGGGCUCACCAAUGCCCCUGCGACGUUCAUGGAGUUGAUGAAUGGAGUGUUUCGCCCAUACUUGGAUUCCUUCGUGAUUGUGUUUACUGAUGACAUCUUGGUAUAUUCCAAGACCGAGGCGGAUCAUAUUUGUCAUUUGAGGGCCGUGCUACAGAAGUUGAGAGAUGAGAAGUUGUAUGCUAAAUUGUCUAAGUGUGAGUUUUGGCUUGAGUCAGUGGCUUUCCUAGGGCACGUGGUGUCUAAGGAUGGAGUUAGGGUUGAUCCGGCCAAGAUUGAGACGGUUCAGGGUUGGACUAGACCUACAUCACCUAUCGAGAUUCGGAGUUUUGUUGGCUUGGCGGGUUACUAUCGGCGUUUUGUUCAGGGAUUCUCUACUAUAGCUGCGCCGUUGACCAGAUUGACUCAGCAGACGGUUCCUUUUCAUUGGUCACCCGAGUGUGAGGCGAGCUUCCAAAGGCUCAAAUCCCUAUUGACUUCAUCACCUGUCUUGACUUUGCCAGAGGAAGGUGUUGGAUUUACUAUUAAUUGUGACGCUUCGGGUGUUGGACUUGGAGGUGUUUUGAUGCAGAAAGGUAAGGUUGUAGCCUAUGCCUCUAGACAGCUGAAGGCACACGAGAGGAAUUACCCCACUCAUGAUUUGGAGUUGGCGGCUGUGGUGUUUGUGCUUAAGUUGUGGAGAUAUUACCUAUAUGGUGUUCAUUGCGAGGUAUUUACUGAUCAUAGGAGCCUACAAUACAUAUUCACUCAGCGGGAUCUGAACUUGAGACAGCGUAGGUGGCUUGAGUUGCUCAAGGACUACGACAUGACCAUUUUGUAUCACCCCGGGAAGGCCAAUGUGGUGGCCGAUGCCUUGAGUAGGAAGACUCCUAGUAUGGGGAGUCUUGCCGCGAUCAGUGUUGAGAGGCGGCCUUUGGUUCGGGAUGUUCAGAGGUUAUUUGACAGCAUGGUGAGAUUUCGGGUUUCUGAGGAGAGUGGAGGUGUGUUUGCCUUCGUUGAGGCCCGUUCAUCUUUGAUGGAGCAGAUUAGAGAGCAUCAGUAUGAAGAUGGGAAGUUGUGUCUCAUCCGGGACAAGGUGAUGAGUGGUGAAGCCAAGAAGGCUAAGAUUGACUCUGAGGGUGUAUUGAGGAUUGAGGGCCGGAUAUGUGUGCCCAAGGUUGGUGAUUUGAUCAGAUUGAUUCUUGAGGAGGCUCAUUAUUCUAGGUAUUCUAUUCAUCCCGGAGCGGCGAAGAUGUAUCAUGAUCUUAGUCAGCACUAUUGGUGGUGUGGGAUGAAGAGGGAUAUUGCAGAGUUUGUGGCUAGGUGCUUGACAUGUCAGCAGGUCAAGUGUGAGCACCAGAAGCCUGGUGGUGUGACUCAGAGGAUGCCCAUUUCUACUUGGAAGUGGGAGAGGAUUGCUAUGGACUUCGUAGUUGGAUUGCCUACCAUCGUGGGUGGUUAUGAUUCUAUAUGGGUGGUCGUCGACAGACUGACCAAGUCUGCUCAUUUCAUCCCUGUCCGAGUGAGGUAUACAGCGGAGAAGUUGGCUCAGAUUUAUAUUAGUCAGAUUGUGCGAUUACACGGAGUGCCGGUGUCCAUUGUGUCUGACAGGGGUUCAAUAUUCACUUCUCAUUUCUGGAGAGCAUUACAACAUGAUUUGGGCACUAGACUCGACAUGAGCACAACUUUUCACCCUCAGACUGACGGUCAGUCUGAGAGGACUAUUCAGGUGUUGGAGGACAUGCUUCGAGCUUGCGUGAUCGACUUUGGUACUAGAUGGGAUCAACACUUGCCAUUGGCAGAGUUCGCCUACAACAACAGUUAUCAUUCUAGCAUUGGGAUGGCAUCUUUUGAGGCACUGUAUGGUAGGCGGUGUAGAUCACCUAUUGGAUGGUUUGAUUCAGCGGAGGUGAACUCCCUUGGUACUGAUAUUCUUAGAGAGGAUAUGGAGCGUGUUCGUGUGAUUCAGAGUAGGCUCUUGACUGCCCAGAGUAGGCAGAAGAGCUAUGCUGACAGGAGGGUUCGACCCUUAGAGUUCAUGGUGGGUGAUCGAGUUUGGCUUCGGGUAUCGCCCAUGAAAGGUGUGAUGAGAUUUGGGAAGAAGGGCAAGCUCAGCCCUAGGUUCAUUGGCCCAUAUGAGAUUUCGGAGAGGAUGGGAGAAGUGGCUUACAAGUUAGCCUUGCCACCUAGUUUGACAGCCGUGUAUCCAGUUUUCCAUGUUUCUAUGCUCCGGAAGUAUGUUCCGGAUAAGUCUCACGUGAUUUCGGUUGAGUCGGUGGAGUUGAGUCCAGAUUUGACAUUUGAGGAGGAGCCUAUAGCUAUUUUGGACAGGCAGGUUCGCAAGCUCCGUACCAAGGACAUCGUUUCAGUGAAGGUUCAGUGGAGGCAUCGAUCAGAUAGGGAGGCGACUUAG